UAAAAAUAUUGAAAAUUGUUCGACCACAAAAAAAUCUUCGAAAUCCGCAAAUAUUGCGGAAUUUUUGAUAAAAUUUUACAAAAAACCCCUAGAUAAGACGCCACCCGAUGAUAUUCAUUGGAAGUAGCCACACCAACUGCCAUCCAAAGUGAUAAAUGUGUGGCCAGCUUUCUUUUUUUACCUUUCCGCAACAACAUCAUCAUCAUCAUCUGACGACGUAUCACGAUAUAUACGAAAAGUUUUAUUAUUAAAUUAGAUAUAAAAAACGGGAACACACAAUCGGUGUCCUAGAUACCAAUGGAAAACCACAAUUUUUGGAAGAACAGCGUCAAUACGAAACCGGGUCGCAUCAAAAAGGACAACAAUGUCGCUGGAGCGGCUGCUGCUGCCGGAAGUUCGUCUUUCCAAAAGUUCCAAAAUUCCGUGCAGGACGCCUGGGAAGUGGGAGACGACGAAUUUUGCAUCGUGUCUGGGCUGCUGAGCGAAUCCAAGGUUUCACGCAAGUCUUUUUCGUCGCCGGCGCCAGCGAAUGUCAUCCAGACCCACAAAAGCAACGGAACGGGCUCGAAUCGGGACAAAGAACCGGCUGCCAAGGAAAAUUGCCAGGAAAAUCGAAAUGUUGCAUCGGCACCGAGCUCAUCCGCGAGUCCCGUGCCUGUCGUUUCGGCAGAUCCCAAGCCGAAAUUUCACUAUCCGGGCAGGGUGCAACUGCUAAAAUUCCCCUCGACGAUCGCCAGUAAGAAUGACGAGUACGAAUCAAAGUUGGAAAAGUACAAGACGAUCCUCGAAGCACCGCUGUUGAACUUGAAAGCCUUAAAAGAACUUUGUUGGUCGGGAAUUCCGCGGAAAAUGCGCGGCGUAACGUGGCGCCUGCUAUCCGGACACUUGCCAACGAGUCUGGAGCGACGCGAAUCCGUGUUGCAACGCAAACGAGCCGAUUAUCAGAAACUCGUGGAGCAAUAUUUCGACGUUUCCAACCAGAAUUUCGAGAAAAACGAACGACUUCAGGAUACGCAGAGCUUCGAUCAGGACGACACGUAUCGCCAGAUCAACAUCGAUGUACCUCGCAUGAAUCCGCAAGUGCCGUUGUUCCAGCAAAAGUGGGUGCAGGCGAUGUUUGAGCGGAUUUUGUUCAUUUGGGCCAUCAGACAUCCCGCUUCCGGCUACGUGCAAGGCAUAAAUGACCUGGUGACGCCAUUUUUCAUCGUUUUUCUGCAAGAGGCUCUCGAAUCGGGCACCGUGGAUAUUGAUACGUGCAAAUUGGAGGACUUGACGACGGAACAACGGCACAUCAUCGAGGCAGAUUCGUUUUGGUGUCUCUCGAAAUUCUUGGAUUGCAUACAGGAUAAUUAUAUUUUUGCGCAGCUGGGCAUUCAGGCGAAGGUGAAUCAACUGAAGGAGCUUAUUCAGCGGAUUGAUGGGACGCUGCAUCGACACUUGCAGACGCAUGGCGUGGAUUAUCUGCAGUUCUCGUUUCGCUGGAUGAAUAAUUUGUUGACGCGAGAGCUUCCGUUGCAUUGUACGAUCCGGCUGUGGGACACGUAUUUGGCGGAAUCCGAUGGAUUUGCCGUGUUUCAGCUAUAUGUUUGUGCAGCUUUCUUACUGAACUGGCGCGAUCAACUUUUGCAAGAGAACGAUUUUCAGGGCCUUAUGUUACUUCUACAAAAUCUCCCGACGCAAAAUUGGUCAGACUCCAACAUCUCGGUUCUCGUUGCGGAAGCCUUCCGACUGCAAUUCACAUAUUCUGACGCCCCGAAGCACCUGGAGACGAAAAGCAGUUGACCGAACGACCCACAAAUCAAUCUUUAUCAGACAAAUUCUAACAUUUCGUUAUUCGUUUAGAUUCGUUUCGUUUUAGGAUCCAUGCAAAAAGUGCAAAAAAAAAAAAUAAAUAAAAAAAGGUAAUUGUAGCCACUAGAAACGUAAGAAAAUUAAAAAUAAAUAAAUAUUGAUCCUCAGCACUUAUUAUAUCAAGAAAAAAGAAAAAUUAGGUUAAAAUAUUUGAAUAAAGCCAUGUACGAGG